AUGCGGGACAUCCGAUACAAAUGGAACGAGGGGCCCAACUCAGUGGGUGUAUCAAACGAAGUAUCGCUACCACAGUUCAAGGUGCUUGGCCAUCGACAACGAGACAUGGAGAUCUCCCUCACAACAGGAAAUUAUUCAAGAUUAGCAUGUGAGAUACAAUUUGUUCGUUCAAUGGGAUAUUAUCUUAUCCAAAUUUAUAUUCCAUCUGGCUUAAUCGUUAUUAUAUCAUGGGUAUCGUUUUGGUUAAAUCGCAAUGCUACUCCAGCUAGAGUUGCCCUAGGUGUAACAACUGUAUUAACUAUGACCACGCUCAUGUCAUCAACUAAUGCCGCGCUACCAAAAAUAUCGUAUGUCAAGUCCAUAGACGUGUACUUGGGAACCUGUUUCGUCAUGGUCUUCGCAAGUUUAUUAGAAUAUGCUACGGUGGGAUACAUGGCAAAAAGAAUACAAAUGAGGAAACAACGAUUUGUAGCUAUACAAAAAAUAGCUUCUGAAAAAAAAAUUCCUGUGGAUUGUCCAGCUGUUGGAGACCCGCACACGCUUUCUAAAAUGGGUACUAUGGGUAGAUGUCCUCCAGGGCGACCAUCGGAGGUUCGAUUUAAAGUCCAUGACCCUAAAGCGCACUCUAAGGGCGGCACACUAGAAAAUACGAUUAAUGGUGGCAGAGCAGCUGAAGAAGAAAAUCCUGGUCCACCUCCUCAUAUUCUUCAUCCUGGAAAGGAUAUAAGCAAACUCCUGGGUAUGACUCCAUCAGACAUCGACAAAUACUCACGCAUCGUGUUUCCAGUUUGCUUCGUGUGCUUUAAUCUAAUGUAUUGGAUAAUUUAUCUUCACGUAUCAGACGUCGUGGCUGACGAUUUGGUUCUACUGGAAGAGGAUAAAUAG